UUCCGGGGGAUCUGGGGAACCAGCUGGAGGCGAAGCUGGAUAAACCCAGUCAGGUCCACUACAUCUGCUACAAGAAGACCGACACCUACUUCACCCUGUGGCUCAACCUGGAGCUGCUGGUUCCUGUGGAGAUCGACUGCUGGAUCGACAACAUCCGGCUGAUCUACAACACAACCACACACACCACCUCCAGCCCACCUGGCGUGGACAUCCGGGUCCCGGGCUUCGGUAAAACGUACUCCCUGGAGUACCUGGACCCCAGCAAACGCAGCGUCGGCAUGUACUUCUUCAGCAUCGUGCAGGCGAUGGUGGAGUGGGGCUACACCAGAGACGACGACGUCAGAGGAGCGCCGUACGACUGGAGGAAAGCUCCGAAUGAGAAUAAAGAGUACUUCCUGCAGCUCCAGCAGAUGAUCGAGGAGAUGGCGGAGAAGGCGGGGCGUCCCGUGGUGCUCAUCGCUCACAGCAUGGGGAACAUGUACACCCUGUACUUCCUCAACCAGCAGCCGCAGGCCUGGAAGGACAAAUACAUCCAAGCCUUGGUCUGCCUGGGACCCCCGUGGGCUGGCGUGGCCAAAACACUUCGAGUUGUCACGUCUGGUGACAACAACCGCAUCCCGGUGAUCAGCCCCCUGAAGAUCCGCUCCCAGCAGCGGACCGCCGUCUCCACCAACUGGCUCCUCCCUUACGCCCACUCCUGGCCCAAAGAUAAGGUUUUUGUGCAGACCCCCACCACCAACUACACCCUGCAGGACUACGAGCGCCUCUACGCCGACAUCGGCUUCAGCGAAGGCUGGCUGAUGCGUCAGGACACGGAGCCGCUGGUGUCGGAGCUGACGGCGCCGGGCGUGGCCGUGCACUGCCUGUACGGCACCGGCGUGCCCACCCCCGAGACCUUCCAGUACACCGACAAGUUCCCCGACGUGGAGCCCACGGUGGUGAACGGCGACGGGGACGGCACGGUGAACCUGCGCAGCGCCGUCCAGUGCAAGCGGUGGGCGGUGCAGCAGAAGCAGCCCGUGGUCCUGAAGGAGCUGCCCGGGAACGAGCACGUGGACAUGCUGACCAACUUCACCACCGUGGCCUACGUCAAAACCGUGCUGCUGGCGCCGUGAGACAUUCAACCACAAAGUGUUCGUCCAAACUCCCACUGCCAAAGAUUCAAUGUUUACGCCCAGAAACUCAACGAAAAAGUGUUCAAAUAAAUCAGAAACUGACUAAAUAUUUAUCUGUAACCCUUCAGAUUAUAGGAUAUUUACUGUAGAGCGAGAAUAAAUGCUUUUCUACCCGUCUUAGAUUUUCAAAAGUGACUUUAUUAAUGUGUGUGAAAUAAAAACAGAAAUGAGUUUCGAACCAGGAAUAUGCUGUUUGUGCCAUUUUAGCUUAUUAAUCCGAGUUAAAUGGUUUAUUAAUGAGAUUGUUACAAACUAAACUUAUUUCUUAAUUUGUUAACAGAUUUUGUAGAUUUAAGGUUGUGUAAAAAUGAAAAGAAACAACCGCUCUGUUCUUUAGUUUUGUCUGAUUUCUGAUGUUUUUGUUCAUUUCUAUAAGCUUCUGAAUGUUGAUGUUAUUGUGGGACGAGAGUUAUUUUUAUUUAAUCCCUAGAAUGUGGAGACUCUUAUGAAAGCCAUAGGAAGCUGGUAAAAAAUAAGUUAACCUGUAAAAACCUACUUUAUUUUUUCAUGUUUUUUUUUUUUGUUUUUUUUUUAGUUUGAAUUUUGUUCAUCAAAAGGCUGGAAUUACACACACACAAAAAAGACACAAAUCUGAUCUUGUUAAAGUUUUACUUUCUGUUUGUACACUCAUCCCCCCGAGCCCCGCGGGGCAGAACUGCUCUGACCCGAGUGUUUGUACCGCUGCCCGACCGGGACCAGAACCUGUUUCAUAUGUGCUGUGAAAUGUCACAAACUCUGCUGCCUUCUGAGUAAAUGAGCUCAAAUAACACCCAAA